GAUAUAGUCUAGAAUGGUGACGACCGGGUCUCGCCCUUUUCCACAUCGUUUAUUCGUAAAAAAGACAAGGUCGUCCAAAAGGCUGCUUCCAGUAAGGGAUGGUAAUUUAUGGCAUUUGAGGCCAAGGGCCGUAUGGAAGAGGCGAUUAUUUGUACUGUCUUUUGUUUCAGGCCUCUUGAGCCGCUUGGCCAAACUAUUGUGAGAACGAGCUAGUUAGCAGGAUUCUUACACAGAAACGGAUUUAUUACAUACUCCAACUGGAAUCUUCUUACAGAGGCUCGCUUGCAGCUUCUCUUCCAUCCCUGACUAGGCAACACGUUCCUAGAACGUUCGCUUAUCGAUUUGAUGUCGUAAAAUAGUUUUCCAUUUUAUUCUUCCGUGUUUUACCGUGAUCCGCUCGAUUCGAAAGCCGUUCCCUACGAAUCAUCACUUCCGUUUUACUUCCCUGUAUUUUGCAAUUACUUCCAACGGCUAAACAACGCUACUCACGGGCCAAGACAAUGGACCCGCGGCUUCUCUCAUGUUUUUUGCGUCGAUAGGAAAACUAGGAAAACAUGAUCCAAUUACAUAAAACAGUAAAGCAGAAGAAAGCAAACAAAAAAAAUAAAAUUCUAACAAAUUAAAAAAAUCUAACAACUAAGAAGCAGCCAGCGGCACGACAACGAGCAGCUAAACAGCAGCAAAAUAGUAGGUGGAGUAGAAGAAGAUGCAGUUCAGCGGAAGAGUGAGCGGGAAACAGGAAACAAGAAGCAGGGAAUUGUGUGACCGACGAAGGAGGAGGCGGAUGGUGAGGAGCAAGGAAAAAUACAAUAUAACGAUAUUACGAAGAAAGAUGGGUGGUACUGGUACUGUGGUUAGGCAGAGCGUAGAGAGUGUGCAAAUAGGAUGCGAGAAAAUAAUUGUUGUGCCAUUCUAUUGUAAAACAUGAGUAACACAAACUAGGGUAUAGGAACACGACGUCAGUUAGACACACCUAAAUCGAUACAAUGAACGGAGAGCUGCGAACAAAGCGAAACCACAUCACGAAAUUAAACACUCACACGUACACAAUACGACACAAACACUGAAAUGAAUAAGAUAAUCAUAAUUUAUGCUUCCCAGCAAAGUUUUCAUUACAUAAUGGUUGUGAAAUUGAGAAUAGAACAGAGAGAAAGAAAAAAAGAGAAGGAGAGAAAAAAAACACACACAAACACGUGGACAAAAGAGGCAAACUAAUAAAAAGAUGAGAAAAGAAACAAAAAAAGCAAGAAAAUCAGAACAAAAUAACAACAAAAAAAACAUACA